CAAAGAUAGGACGACGGACGACACUUCUGUUCACACGGAUGAUGUUUCCGAACACAGCCAUAAUUAUGUCAGUAUAGUAAUGGCGUGUGCUUGUGAAAAAUCUGCGAGCUAAUCCAUUAGUGAAUAUCAAGAUGACAGAUACAACUAAUACGUUCGGUUUCGAGGCUUUAUACAAAAUAUAUUGUAAAGAAAUUAAUAAAAAGCAAGAUGUAAUAAUCUUAUUAAUACACUGGUAUUUGACGAGGUGUGGAUUCCGGUGUAUUGGCAUCGGAGAUGAAAAAACUUUUAAUGUAUCUCAGAGAGGAAGUGAAUUGCUUCCAGAAGGUUGGAACUCGCAAAUUAAUUAUGCAUUACGUUAUAUUAAGGAUGAAAAAUUAUAUGUACUCCUUGGAAUCAAAUCAGAUAUGGAUCUGUUAUUAAAUUUGAUGAGACACCAUGACGAUUCUAUCUCUAAUAUUCAGUUCCCUAUUGAAGAAACUGUAACUUCAUAUUCUGGGCUUUUAGAAACUAUGAUACCAUCAUAUCAUACGAUUUUACAUAGCAUACAAAAAGAUUUUGUAGGUGCAUUAGAUUCUGGAAAUACUAAAGAGGUAGCAACUCAAACAAACACAUCAAGCAAUCUACAUUCCUUUGAAUCAAAUGAAAGUCAAACACGUAGAAGUUUUGAUCCACUGAGGGUGAUCGGACCAGAACCUGAUCGGCCAUUGCGACCUGAAUAUGAUCCUGCAAGAGUAGGAGUUAGAGAUCUUCAUCCGUUUGGACAAGGCGGUGGUAUGAUAUUCGAUCCGUUCGGCGGUCGUCCCUCAACUGGACGUUUACCGAGUGGUUUAGGAGUACCUGGAAGAUUGCCACCAGGUGCAAUACCACCUGGCGCAAGAUUCGAUCCCUUUGGUCCACCUGAUAUGGAUUCUCCGUUAAGACCGCCCCGCCGUAGGCCCGACGAUGACCACCUUCCUCCUCCGCCAUUCGAUAUGUUUAAUUGAUUUUAUACUUAAUUAUAUAUAUCUACGUAUGUAUCUUUAAAGAAAAUAUUAAACUUGUAAAAAGAAUUGAAAGAAAUGGCGAGAGUUAAAUUGUAAUACAGUGUCUCUCUAAAUAAUAUUAUGCUUUUUUGACAAUAAAAAAUAAUGUUUCCUUUA